AUGGCCCCGCUCGGUCUCGCAGUCGACACACAGUACGGCCCCGUACAGGGAUUCGCCGACACCCACCGCCUCCAACUCACCUCGCCCGCCCUCGCCCAACCUCCUCUCCCUCUCGGCGACCGCAAACCGGUCCACAAGUGGCUCGCCAUCCCGUACGCCCAAGCACACCGCUUCAACCGACCCGUCCCACCUCACCCAUGGUCUCACCCACAGCCCUGCCUCGAGUUCGGCACCCAGUUCCCGCAACCGCCGUCCAACACCGAGCUCCUCCUCGCGCGCCUGCCCGGCUUCCUCAUGCGCACCCACAUCGCCACGAGCGAGCACUCGCACUUUGUCAACGUCUUUGCCCCGGGCGACGUCCAGCAGGGAGAGGACCUCCCCGUCCUCGUCUGGGUCUACGGCGGCGCCCUCAACAAUGGCGACUCGGCCCGCUUCUUCUACGACCCGACCGAGCUCGUGCGCGACUCGGCGAGCCGCAACCAGCGCUGCAUCGUCGUCACCCUCAACUACCGCACCAACAUCUUUGGCUUCUGCGCGAGCCAGGACCUCGUCGACGAGGACCCGCAAGGCCUCGCUGGCAACUAUGGCCUGUACGACGUCGUCGCCGCUCUCGAGUGGGUCCAGCAUAACAUCCGCAACUUUGGCGGCUCGCCCGACCGCGUGACCGCGUUUGGCCAGAGCGCCGGCGCGUUCCUCAUCUCGCACCUCCUCGUCUCGGGCAAGCGGUUGUUCCAGCGCGCAAUCUGCCAGAGCGGCGCCGCCAACACGAUGAUGCUGCGCCCGGUCGACAAGGCCUACCCGGCGUACGACUCGAUCCUCACCUCGCUCGGCGUCGACCUGCCCACCUCGACGCCCUCGUCGCGCCUCGCCGCCCUGCGCGCCGCGCCUCCCUCAGCCCUCCUCGCCCAGCACGUCGCGACGCACUCGCUGUCCGGGCUCUCGCUCGCGCUCGAGCCGGCGGGCGUCGAGGGCGCAGUGUGGACGCGGGACACGAUGGCAAGGCUCGAGAGGGGCGAGAGGGACGAGUGGGUGAGAGAGGUCGUGCUCGGCGUGACCGAGGACGAGGGGACCAUCUUUGCCCAGAUGCUCGGCCUCACCUCGCCCGGCGCCUUCACCCAGUACACCUCGCAGUUCCCGCCCUCGCUCGUCCCGCGCAUCCGUGCCCACUACCUCGGCGGCGACGACGCGGCGCACCCAGAGCCGGGCACGGUCCCGCUCGCGCAAACGCCCGGCGCGCGGCUCCUCGCCGACCAGAUCUUUGUCCACCCGGUCCUCGACCAGGCGUGCGCGCUCGCGCGACUCGCACCUGGGCCCACCUCCACCUCCUCGACGUCCUCGGCGCCUGCAGCCACCUCGUCGGCGGCGGCGGCGAGCGCGGCCCCGCCGGCACGCGUCUGGCUGUACCGCCUGCGCACGGGCCCCUCGUCUUUGCGCGCGCACCCGGUCGCGUCGCAGCUCGGCAGCUUCCACUCGAUCGACCUCCCGCUCGUGUUCAACUCGAGGAGCCUGUGGGAGGGCGACGCGGCGAGUGGGAGGGAGGACGAGGCGAGGGGCGAUGAGAGGACGGCGGAGGAGGUUGGGAGGAGGUGGGUCAGGUUUGCGAUCGAGGGCGAGCCCGACCCUUCCUGGCCCACGUUCGACCCCUCGUCCUCGUCGCCGUCCCACCUCGUCUUUGAUCACGACGGCGCGACGCACGUCGAGCGCGUCGAGGGCGCCACAAAGGCCGACAGGCUCGAGCUGCACUUUGCUGGCAUGGCCGAGGACGACGAGGGCGACGAGGUGCUCGGGACGACCGACGAGUAGAAGUGUGCUCGCUCCAGAUUUGGCCGUAGACUCGCUCGCUCGGACCCCCUUCUCUUUUGCCCUGCAACGUCCGGCUCCCCCUUCCGCUCUGAAGCACGAGCGUCGUUCUUCU